AUGGAGUUCAUGUCCUCACCCUUACGAUGUAUAGGAUUUGAUGGUUGCUUCUUGAAAGGUGUUUCUAGAGGUCAAUUACUUGUGGCUGUUUGUAAGGAUGGGAACAACCAAAUGCUACCACUAGCAUGGGCAGUUGUUGAGGUUGAAAACACAUUCACUUGGAAAUGGUUUAUCAAGCUUGUAAGACAUGAUCUUGAGCUAGGAGAUGGAACAGAAUUGACAACUAUUACUGAUAUGCAAAAGGGUCUUGACAAAGCUAUUCAAGAUCUUCUACCAAAUGCAGAACAAAGAAUGUGUGCAAGACAUGUUCUAGCCAACUGGUCUAAGAAUUGA